CCUUAAUCGUCGCACUUCUACCGAAUACGUAUGGAGUCGCAGAUGACAUGGAUAGAUAUAGUAGCGUCCUUUUAAAAUAAGAAAUGAACUUAGAAUCCAGAACAUAAAUGACAAAGAGCUAUGCUGUGUUUGUAUCUUUCCAUACUUGCAAUAUGGAAGGGAAUUUUGUGUAUUCGAAGAAGGAGACGCUCCAAAAAUGAUAUCGAGUUAAAAACUAUCUGCGAAAAGGAUGUCAUUGAAAACGACGAAAAACGAGAAAAGAAAAAAUGUUCCGGAAAACAUUUUAUGCUCGGUCUUGUACAGUUCAUCCUUAUCUCUGGAACUAUGACCUUUUUUAUUUACAUGAUCAACGAGCGAACGGAAAAGUCCUGUGGACAACUUGAAAUUCCAGAUAAAUGGAAGUGUCAGUUUAACCAUUUUUUCAAUACUAACCACGACGAGAAAGUAAAUCAACAUUUCAACUGCCAAAGCGUGACCAAUAAAACAUAUGAAGAAAACUUGAAUGUUAUUCAUGGAUACGCUAGUAAUAUGUCGGACAAAAUUAAAAAAGUGUUAAACGUAAAAAAAUCUCAUUCUCCUUUGCUUGCUCUUUUCGAAAAUAAGACUAAAACUACAUUGGAACUGAAUUCUACAAUAUCUAAAAACGAAUCGAACGUAGACGACAAAUCACAUUUACCAAAAAUGAUCCAAAACGAGGUUAAGAGUUUCCUGUAUAUCAUCCAUAAAAUUGGCAACUCUCCACGUAAGUCUGACUUUGGAAAACAAUCGAAUAAACCGACAUCACCGGCUAUUGUUACCGCCAUGUCUGAUGAAAACAUAAGCGAGGGGAAAGCAUUUUUGAAGAACGUAGUACGUAAAAUAUAUCCUUUGCAAGACAUACAGAGAUUAGUGAUCUACGAUUUUGGACUGUCCAAAGAUCACAUUGAUUAUCUUACAACCAAGUGUUCCUUCUGUGAAAUAAGAGUAUUUCCUUUUAAAAAAUUUGGAAAUCUGACUAUUCACUAUGCGUUAAAGCCUCUGAUGAUAGGACUUUCACUUGAGGAAUUUAAGACCGUUAUUUGGGCCGAUCCCUAUAUUCGUUUCCAACCCGUGUAUUUGAGUAAUGUUGUAAAAUCUGCACAGAAAUAUGGUAUCCAAGCUGCUAAGAACUAUGAAAAUGUACGAAUUACUAAUCACGAUGUCCGGCGCAACGUUAUAAAAUAUUUGGAAGAGGAAACAUGCAUGGAUACUUUUGAUGAAAUACAGUCAAAAUUCUUAGUUUUCAGUGAGGACAGAUCGGCGUAUGAUAUCGUAUUGCCAUGGAUACAAUCUUCAGUUGGAUAUGGAGAAAUGUUGAAAGAAAAUGUAAAUCAACAUGCAAAGUCUAUUUAUAAUCCCGUGGAAGAAACUAUUUUAGAUAUAAUACUCAACCGUUUAUACAACAGAAAUAUGUCCAGUAUCUUAAUGGAUAUGAAUGAUUAUGUUUAUAUUGAUAAACAUGUUAUCUACAAUGCCGUUAUUCAUUAAAACAGUAAUGUUUACCUUC